AUGCUUCAAAGGACGUGUCUAACGAUACGUAUGAGGACACGUGUUAUCCCACCAACCUCCAUCGCACAAAGAGCUCAACUCCGGUCAAUUGAUCAUCGCCGGAAAACUUAUCCUAACAAUGAAAUUUUGUUUUUGCUCACCGGGUAA